GCCACGGUCACACUACUUGGAUGUUUACUUUUUUUUGCUUGAAUAUUUAGUGAAAAUAACCGAGUAGUAUUUAAUUAAGAAGGAAUGGCCCACUAUAAGGGUGCCGCCAGCGAGGCGGGCCGUGCCGCCCAGCUGAUGAAGAAGCGCGAGAUCCAGCAGCAGGAGAUCGAGUUCCGCAAGAAGAAGAUCGAGGAGGAGCUGAAGCUGGACAAGAUUGAGAACAAGUUUGCCACCCACUACGAUGCCGUGGAGCAGCAGCUCAAGUCCUCGACCAUCGGCCUGGUCACCCUGGACGAGAUGAAGGCCAAGCAGGAGGACAUAGUGCGGGAACGGGAGAAGAAACUGGCACAGAAAAAGGAUGAAAAGGAUCGGGAGAAGCAGCGCGCCUUGGAGGCCAUUCAGGCGGAGAAGAACAAACAGAAGCGGCAGAUCCAAGCGCUCUCCUUUAACCUGGAUGAGGACGAGGAGGAGGAAGACGACGACCAGGAGGACGAGCAGCCCAAGAUAAAGGAGGAGGAGAAGCCCAAGGUCAAGCCCAAGUGGACGGAGUUGCAGGACGACAUAGUGCCCAUAAAGAAGAAGAAAAUAUGCAAAAAUCCCGACGUGGACACCUCCUUUUUACCAGAUCGCGAGCGCGAGGAGCAGGAGAACAGACUGCGCGAGCAACUGCGCCAGGAAUGGGUUAUGCAGCAGGCGGAGCUCAAGGACGAGGACAUCUCCAUUACGUUCAGCUACUGGGAUGGCUCCGGCCAUCGUCGCAACGUCCUGAUGAAGAAGGGCAACUCCAUCUAUCAGUUUCUGCAAAAGUGCCUGGAGCUGCUGCGCAAGGAGUUCAUCGAACUGAAGACGGUGAUGGCCGACCAGCUGAUGUAUGUCAAGGAGGAUCUGAUCCUGCCGCACCACUACUCCUUCUACGACUUCAUUGUGACCAAGGCUCGCGGCAAAUCCGGCCCGCUCUUCACGUUCGACGUUCACGACGACGUGCGCAUGAUCAGCGACGCCUCCGUGGAGAAGGAAGAGUCGCAUGCGGGCAAGGUGCUCCUCCGCUCCUGGUACGAACGCAACAAGCACAUUUUCCCCGCCAGCCGAUGGGAGCCCUACGAUCCCACCAAGUCCUACGACAAGUACACCAUCAAGGAUAAGGAUAAGAGCAAAAAGUAGGGCUUUACUGACUGGACGGAUU